AUAAACUCGUGUAUAACACAAAAACAAAAUGUGAAAAUAAUUGUCAAUUUAAAACUUUUUUAAAACCCUUUUGUCGCCAUUGUUUGACUUCCGCUUUAUGCACUUGACCAUUUAAGAAGUUUUGUAAACGUCACCAUAUGCAAAUCAGUACCGCCAUGUUCCGUAAAAAAAUUGAAUAAUAUUUAUUUUUAUUUUUAUUUUUACACAUUUUAACCCUUAUACAACUCGGAACUGUUUAAAAGAGAAGACAUGCGUGACCGGACAGGACAUGAGUGAGAGCGCAGAGGAAGUAAAAGAGUUGCAGGAUUGGGUUGCUGGUCCCCCUGCUGGUUGGGAAGAGUACUGCGCCCUACACUAGUACACUUAUUAUACUCUUUAUACGAUUAUUCAGUGUGAGUGACAGCUCUUAGGGCUGUAUGGAGAAAUGAUGCUGCAGUGGAGACAUUGGGAGAGAAGAAGAAGGAGAUGAAGAAGAUGAUGAAGCAGAUGAUGAUGAUGGUAAGUAUGAAGAUAUGUGUCAGUGUACUUUUCUGCUCAAUAUUCUGGUAAAGCUGAUUCAGACAAAUGUAUUAAAUAUAUAUUGUAUUUAUUUAUCUGGUAUUGAUGGUGGUAACCAUUAAUGAUCUGCAGAAAAGUCCAUGAAUGACCUGCCUUAUCAUGGAACGACCUGCUCAGUCACCUCACCUACAUCCUUCUCACUCUGGGAUGAGCAAGAAAAUCUCCAACUAGUGAGGAACAUUUUUUGAAAAGUUUUACACAGCAAAGUAUUUCAGCUGAACUGUCCUGAUGCUGAGAGUGUGGAAAGCUGUUCUUCAUGCUUAGGGAGUAUUUGUCAUUUAUAAAUAAUGUGGAGAUGAUGAGUAGAUGAUGGAGCAUGUGGACAUGAUGGAGAAGAUGAUGGAGCAUGUGGAGAUGAAGAAUGUGGAGAUGAUGGAGUAGAUGAUGGAGCAUGUGAAGAUGGAGUAGAUGAUGAAGCAUGUGGACAUGAUGGAGAAGAUGAUGGAGCAUGUGGAGAUAAAGAAUGUGGAGAUGAUGAAGUAGAUGAUGGAGCAUGAGGAGAUGUGGAUUUAAAUAUUGGCGGGUGUGUUAUGAGCUUUACCGCUGCUUCCUGUGCACUGCGCCUUUAAGCGCUGUGAUGCGCUCAGGCUGAGGGGAUGGAGCGCUGCUGCUGCUGCUGCUGCUGGAGCAUCAUGGCCCCCAAGCAGCCUCCACUUCUCCCCGCGAUGAAGAGAGGAAACUGCGCUCCUUCUCCUUCGCCGCCGCCACCAGACUCCUUCAGCCCGAGCCAGGGCGUCGCAGGUACCAGAGUGGGGUAGAAGCUCCUCAUGUCAGGCGCGUCUCCUCCAUCCAAAGCCACGUUCUGCCGGUUGACAAAGAGGGGCGCGAGCCCGGGGGUCGGCGGCGCCGGCGGAACCAUGAGCAAUGAUUAUUCUAUUAAUCUGUCGGUGCAACGCGUCCUGAGUCUGUGGGUGCAGGGCACCGUGCCCACCCUGCAGCACUUCACAGAGAUGUGGUACUGGGUGUUCCUGUGGUGUCUCUUCUCCUCGCUGUUUGUACAUGGAGCUGCAGGGCUGCUCAUGUGUGUGAUGCUGCAGAGGCACAAGCGAGGUCGCCUCAUCACCCUGGUGCUCAUUAGCACGGGAUUCCUCGCCUCCAUUAUCGGAGGUGUCCUCACCAGUGCAGUGGUGGCCUGGGUGUACCGCGUCGCAGGAAAGGACAUGGCCCCCCUGGAGGCGCUGGUGUUCGGGUUGGGCCAGACCACUCUCACCCUUCUCAUUUCCUUCUCCCGCAUCCUGGCCACUCUCUGACCGGACACAGAGUUUUAGUGCCUGUCUCCUCCUUAUCAACGGGAUGGAGGUAAAUGGUUUCACUGCUUUUCUGGUUAGCAGUGCAGGCUACAGCAAAUGCUAAGAAGGUUAGCAUGGUAAAAAACUGCUGUGUAGUGGCACCAGCAUUGCUGACUCACAAGGAAAGGAAAUGGAUCGCCGGGAAGCCGCUGCGUUUCAUCUGUGGGUUCUCCAUUGCUUUCCUGGAAAGUCCUGCAUGAAGCCACCUGAGGAGCAGCAUCCUCCAAACCACACUUGCGUCCUAAACAGGACGGUUUCACAGUGUUUACGCCAAGUAUCGGAAAAAUCAGCUUGAGGCUCCUGGACGCUGUAUCAUCUGGACUCGCUCACGGCUCAUCCAGACGACUUUACACACUCAACGGACGUUUUUUUUUUUUUUUUACAAUGAAAGCCGUACUCAGCUCAACUAAAGAUUGUUUUUAAGGGUUCUAUUUUUUCCCCGGGAAGGUUCUGUAUUAAAAUGCUGUUAUUGCUGUUUUUUUUUUCUUUUUUUUUUUCUUUCAGUUUUUGCAGUUUGUCCAUGAGGCUCUGUUGCAUGUAUUUAUGUAUGUAUUUAUUUAUGAAUUUAUUUAUUUAUUGCCCUCAAGCCUUAACCACACUGGGUUCCUAGGGAUGGGGGGGGGAAGUUAAUCAGGUGCACUGCUGCUCACGUGGUUCCUGUAGAUCACUGUGUACCUUUUUUACAUACGCAGAUGGACGUGUAAUUCAUCUCUCACCUCCCUGAACAUCAUGUUUUCCUCACCGUCUGAGAAGGUGAGAAUUCCUCUGAGUGCUUCUUCCUUUUUUCUUUUCUUUUUUUUCAAUCCAGCUUUAAUGACCCUGAAAUCUGCACUGCUGAUGUUUGCCUUCCCAGUGUUCAGAGAACCUGAACCUGAAAACCUGUAAAAAAUGUUUUGUUUUGGUUUAAAAUAAUCUUUAAUGGAAAGAAAAUGUUCUGUCUGUUGGAUUGUUGCAGAUGACUCCGGGUUUAGCCGCGAGACUCGUCUGACUCCUGAGAUCUCAUUAACAUGUAGCAUGUUGUUCAUGCGUAGGAGGAAUUGUGAUGUUUUUGGUGUGUGUUUAUCAAAAACAGGAGCGAAAGGCAGAUGUGUAUUCGCUUGAUAUUUCAGAGUCGAUCAAAUGUUCAAAUGUCCAGUGUUUCAAACACUACAGACACUCGCAGCUAGUGUUUAUUACAGCUCUGACUGGAUGCUCUUUUCUGCAGCACUUCCUGAUAUUUUAUACUCUUAUAUCCUCCAACACGUCAGAUUUAUUUAAUUUAUAAUGCAAACUGUUAUAAUGGGUUUUCAACAAAAUCUUAAAAUGAGGCCCAGGUUCUUUCAGGAUCCUUUUUUUUUAUGAUCCAGUAUUUUUUUUAAGGAUCCUUUAAGUUUUUUCUUCACAAUACAGUAUAUUUUUUACUAUCAAUUUUUUUUCAGUAUUCAGAAUUUUUCAUUAUCCAU